CGACUGAUUACAUUUCCUCAUUUUCAGAUAUCUGUUGUGGGUGAUACCCUCUCCGAUAGUGGUCAGAUCAAUAAUCAACAGAUUAUUGUACCUGAGUGUCGACUUCACGAGGACAUUGGGUCCCUACUGCUCAAACAGACACUGACUGACGUCACUCUGGUUGUGAUGGCCUCUCCCACCUCCCCAGCCCAACAAGCUCAUGACAACUCACCGACACUGCAAGUGGGAGGGUUGGACGGUGAUUCUCCCACCUUGCCUGGUGCUUCAGCAGACGGUGAUGAAACCGGCUGUCAGGAUCCUGAGGACAAUGAAGAUGACGAAGGCGAGGGUAGUAAAACGCCUUCAAGGGAUGAUGUAGAGGAACACACCGGAGAUGGGGAGAGUGAGGGAGAUGUUUCCUCCGCUCUACCGCUUCGAAAUAUUCUCCGUGUCCCAAGCGCACAGCCACCGCAAACACAACAGCAAUCGGACAGCAAUGAAGCAGUGCGAAAACCCGUGCCCCCACUUGUAUCCUGUUCUGCUUGUUCUUCCUGCUGCCCCCAACAACAGCACCAGACAGGGAAUAAUGGUGAUAAUAGCGAGCGGCAGAAACAUCGACAUCCCAUUUCGACAUAUUCUGCUUCCUCCUCCUCUUCCUCGAUCACUGAUCCACUUUCGAUGGAUGGUGGAUAUGCCUAUAGUGAUGAUUGUAGCUGUCAAUCCGGACUGACAACACCACCACCUCCACAGCAGCCGACAAUACCACCUUCGGCAUCAUCCUCCCUAGCGCCUCCUCCGAAUGUCGUCUCAACGACAGCGGCCAUUCAUCUUUCCUCUACAAACACACCCUCUGCUGCUGCCUCUUCCUCCUCCACCUCCUUUCCCUCAGCAAUUGUUGGCAGUAGCACUACUACCACGCCUAAGCCGCAUCACCACCUCUAUCAUCAGUUUCUUGCCCCCGUCAGUACCCCCUCUACUCCUACGCCGGCGAUUGGAAGCGGAGGUAAUAGUGAAGGUUUCGUGCUUCGUCAAUUCAAAGCGCACAAGGCCAUCCUUGCGGCGCGGAGUCCAGUGUUUGCGGCUAUGUUUGAGCAUGGAAUGACCGAAUCGAGAGCCAAUCGGGUUAACAUCACCGACGUGGAGCCAGACAUCCUUGGAGAGGUGCUACGAUUUAUCUACACGGGGCGGGUGGUGGGAUUGGACAAUCCGGUGAUGGCACAGGAGCUUCUAGCUGCUGCGGAUAAGGUGAGAGAAAGAUUUUGUUGUUGUUAUUCUCAUCCACUUCAUAAAUCGGAUAUUGUUCCGAACUCUUUUCUUGAGAACACGAAACAAAGAUGA